AUGCGCAGCCUCGUCGCUCUCGCCCUUGGACUGCUCGCCGCGGUGGCACAGGCUGCUCCGCUGGCUCAGAAGAACCAAUUGGACACGGUCAUUGGCUCGUACGCCGACGUAGAAGGCUCGCACACACUCAACACCGUCAUCAGCAACUACGCAGAUGCUGAGCGCCGGAGCUUGACCACGAAGGAUGAGCCCACCCCAGCAGAGCCGGAGAAAGUCUCGCCACCAGUUGGGACUCUUGAUACUAUCAUUCAUCAUUAUGCGGACGUAGAGGGCGACGUGCACUAA